UUGAUAUCACAGUCACCGGCACAGCUUUGUUCUCACAAAACCUAAAAAACAAAAAACAAUAUAAAAUGAAAUCUUUCAUUGUAUUCGUUCUGUUCGUGGCCGCAGCCGUCGCCGUCCCUGUGUACGACGCCUCGGCAGACAAAGCCGCCAGCGUGGUCAGGUUCGACCUAAACAACAUCGGAGUCAACGGUUACGACUUCGCCUACGAGACCAGUGACGGUAAGGUUGCCUCUGAGGUUGCCGAGCUGAAGAACGCCGGAUUAGAGAACGAGGGUCUUGAAGUGCGUGGUUUCUUCAGCUAUCCUGGUGUUGAUGGCAAGAUUUACCGCGUAGACUACGUCGCCAACGACAAGGGCUUCCAACCAUCAGCUGCCCAUCUCCCCGCCUAAACAAACCAAAACUAAUUAGGCUAUGUAGGUUUUGUUGACUGUCUUUUUGUUGAAAUUGUAAACAAGUUAAAUACAUGUUUUCUUAUUCCUA